AGAAAGCACUAGCUGAAGCACUAAGCUGCCACCACCGGUGACUAUAAGUGAAACACAAGUCACUCCACACAACUUCACACACAAAGAGAGCCGGGGGUGAGAUUGCUUCCCACUCGCCUUCUGACAUCAGACCCCUUCGAUGUAGCUCACCAGACGACCAGCAACAAAAUCCUUGGCAAGAAAAUGAAUCUCUUUCUCCCAUCGCCUGCUGCCUUUCACUUCACGCCCCCAGAGAGGUCUUUCUUCAUCCGACAAACAGUGAAGAUUUUUUUUCCAGGUCACAUGAUCCAGGAUGAAGGGGGAAAAUCCUACUUGGAACAGAGAUGGCCUGUGAGUCUCAACAGAUCAAGGGCGAUAAGGUGUGAGGUGGAGGGGGGUGGUAUAUAAAGAAUGUCUUCUGUACCACAGCAAACGUCCCUCCACCAACUGAAUGCUUCUCUUGGGGCAGCCAUGAAUGUGUCUGAAGGCACAGUCACAAGCCACCUCAGGGCCACUAGCCGGACUUAUUUUUAUUUCACCACAGCUACCCUGGUUCUGUGUCUCAUCUUUACUCUGGCGACUAUAAUGGUCUUAGUAGUUCAGAAGAAGGAACCCAUCCCGCAGCCACCUGAGAAGUUCCCCCUUAUAGGAGGAAAUUGCUCAUUGGACAUCUUAAGUAUCCUGAAGAAGCCUCUAGGGACUGAGUCAUCAGCAUAUCUACAAGUUUCUAAGCCAAUACGCAAUUCCAAACUGACCUGGAACAAAGAUGGCAUCCUCAAUGGCAUUGGAUAUCAUAAUGGAAAUCUGAUCAUCCAAUCUCCAGGAUGGUACAUCAUCUAUUGCCAGUUGCAAUUUGUUGUGCCAAAUUGCCCAGAUAAUCCUAUUGACCUGAAGUUGGAACUUCUCAUCAAUAACAAAACAAAGAAGCAAACUCUGGUUACUGUGUGUGAAUCAAAAACGGGAACAAAGAACAUCUAUAGGAACCUCUCCCAGUUCUUUCUGGAGAAUCUAAAUGUCAACAAUACUGUGUCCAUCAAGGUCAAAGAAUUCCAAUACGUGGAUACAAAUACCUUUCCUCUUGAAAGCGUGUUGGCAGCCUUCAAGUAUAGCAAUUCUAACUGAGCAACCUCAUUUGGCCCUUGGAGAGAAACCCAACACCAAUACCACACAUCAUGUAUAGCUUUUCAUAGACUAAUGGGGAAAAAAGAAGCCUUUUCACUGGAGACCUUUAUCAUUAGAUUAAAAUCCCAAACAGUGUGAAACAUA